UCCCCGGGGAGAUCCCCCCCCACACACAGAGGCAGGAGGGUCUCCGCGCUCCUGCGCUGGCGGCUGCAGGGCCGGCCGUGGGGCCGACCCCCCCCCCCCGCAGCCCGGGCCGGGGCGCCGCCUGCUCCCGCCCCCGGGGUUCCGGGGCGGGCUGGCACCUCCCACUCCAUAAAGCCGGGCCGGCGCCGCGGCUCCCGGUCCUCAGCGCGUCCUCCCGCCCGCCGCGCCCGGUGCCCGCGUCCCCGAGUCCCCGGUCCCCGGCUGCAGCCAUGGGAGCGCCGCACCACCUGCUCGUGCUCUGCACCCUGCUGCUGCUGGGAGCCGGAGCCCAGAAGGACAAGGGCUGUGCCCGGUGGUGCCCUGUCAACUCCAUCUGUAUAGACGCCAACAGCUGUCGCUGCAACAGUGGGUUCACCCCGGAAAACAUCACCAGCGUCUUGGAGAGCUGCGAUGACAUCAAUGAGUGUGGGCCGCCCUUGAGCAUAUCCUGUGGGAAGUAUGCCGACUGCCAGAACACACAUGGGGGCUAUUACUGCAUGUGCAGCCUGGGGUACGAGCUUGAGUCCGGAGGGAGAAAUUUCAGCCACCCGCAGAACAACACGUGUAAGGCCACAGCCUCUAUGAUGCCAGCCACAUUGGGCUCAGCUGUGCCUACAAACAUCCCCCGCCUCCCCGUCACCAUGGACCCAGGUACUUGGGCCAGACCCUCAGGAAGAAGGACAAAGGAUGGGCCCCAGCCAGCGCAGGACACCACAGUCUGCCCAUGCCAAAGCUCUGUCAGCAAGGACGAAAAACCCACCUGUGUCUGCCCGCCAGGGUUUCGGUGCACCCCGGAGGGCCCCAAGCAGUGCACAGAUGUGAACGAAUGCCUCUCUGGACAGAGCCUGUGCCACAGCUCCACCCACUGUAUCAACAACCGGGGGAGCUACCUGUGCAAGUGCCGCCGUGGCUGGAGGCCAGCGCCCGGGUCCCCCGACGGCCCUGUCAACACGGUCUGCGAAGAUGUGGAUGAGUGUGCCACCGGGCAGCACGCCUGCCACAACUCCACCGUGUGCAUCAACACCCAGGGCUCUUACAAGUGCCGCUGCCUCCCGGGCUGGAAGCCGCUGCCGGGAUUCCGCAAUGGCCCCAAGAACACCAUCUGCCAAGAGGUCAUCUUCCCUGGCUGGAACCCGCCCCCCGGGAUCCCCAGCAAGAGUCUCUUGCGCUUCUACGAUGAAGUCCAGGGCCUGAGCAGAGACUUCAAGCCCCAGGUGGCUGAGCAGACCAUCACGAAACUUGUUGAGGCCAUGGAUGGGCUGCUGGCUGCCCCCGGGGAAAUACAGGACCUGACUCCGGAAGACCAGUAUCUCGUGGCCACCUGGUUGCUCUCAAACGUGGAGCACACCCUGAGGUCCCUGGCCCAGGCCCUGCCCGAGGGCAGCUUCACCUACACGUCCCGGGCUGGCACAGAGCUGUCCCUCGUGGUUAAGGAGGAAGGCAGUGGAAACAUCACCUUGGGCCAGAGCUACGCACGGGUGCUGCUGGACUGGGCUGUGGCCACAGGCCACAAUGCAAGCUAUGCCGUGGUGGGCGUCCUGUCCAGCCAGUACAUGACAGAGCUGCUAGCCAACACCUCCCUGGUUCUGGAACCCGAGAAGCUACUGCAGCUGACAGAGGCCCACGAGAGACCCAUCCGCGGGGCACGGGCCACACUCCUCUCAGCCAUCAACUCUGUGUUUGUGAGCAACGCCGACACGGACAAACUGGCCUCCCCUGUCACCUUCGCUUUCUCCCACCAGCCCGAGGAGCCCGGCACCGAGCUAGUCUGCGCCUUCUGGAAGCGGGACGGCUCCGGGGGCGGGCACUGGGCCACCGAGGGCUGCCGGAAGCGGGGCAGCGGACAGAACAGCACCACCUGCCAGUGCGACCACCUGAGCAGCUUCGCUGUCCUCAUGGCCCACUACCAGGUGGAGGACUGGAAGCAGAGCCUGAUCACCAAGGUGGGGCUGUCCGUGUCGCUCGUCUGCCUGUUGCUGUGCAUCCUGACCUUCCUGCUGGUGCGGCCCAUCCAGAGCUCGCGCACCACAGUGCACCUCCACCUCUGCAUCUGCCUCUUCGUGGGCUCAGCCAUCUUCCUGGCGGGCGUUGAGAACAAGGGCGGCCAGGUGGGGCUGCGCUGCCGCCUGGUGGCCGCGCUGCUGCACUACUUCUUCCUGGCCGCCUUCUGCUGGAUGAGCCUGGAGGGUGUGGAGCUCUACUUCCUGGUGGUGCGCGUGUUCCAGGGCCAGGGUCUGCCCAAGCGCUGGCAAUACCUGCUGGGCUAUGGCGUGCCCCUGGUCAUUGUGGGCAUCUCAGCGGCCACCAAUAGCGAGGGCUACGGGCACGCGGCGCACUGCUGGCUGGACCCCCGGCGGGGCUUCCUCUGGAGCUUUCUUGGACCCCUGACCUUCGUCAUCCUGUGCAACGCAGUCAUCUUCGUGGUCACCGUGUGGAAGCUCACGCGCAAGUUCUCCGAGAUCAACCCGGACAUGAAGAAGCUGCGCAAGGCCAGGGUGGUGACCAUCACGGCCGUGGCGCAGCUAUUCGUGCUGGGCUGCACCUGGGGCUUCGGGCUCUUCCUCUUCAGCCCCGAGAGCUGGCACAACACAGUGCUAGCCUACGUGUUCACGGUGCUCAACUGCCUGCAGGGCACCUUCCUCUACGUGCUGCACUGCCUGCUCAACAAGAAGGUGCGUGAGGAGUACCGGAAGUGGGCCUACGCUCUCACCGGGAACAAGUACUCAGAGUUUGCCUCCUCCACGGCUAGCAGCAGCCAGCAGACCCGGGCCCUCAGGCCAUCGGAGUCUGGGAUGUGACCUCCUGGCCUCUCCCAUGCUGACCACGCCCUGUCCCGACUCCUGGCUGCCUGGGACAGUGUGCAGCACAGAGGACACAUAGGACACACAGGCUGUGCCUAGACUGCGGGAUGCUGGACUGCAGGACAGUGGGGACCUGCUCUGGCUCCCCCGCCACAUCCCAGCUGUGGCUGAUAAGCUGGGCCAGGCCGGGCCAGGGGUGGGUGGCUGGGGGCCCUGCCUUGACCUGCCCCGCGCCAGGCUGGAAGAGGCUGGAGCCCAGGCUCCCUAAGCUAGCACUGGUGGCAUGACCGGCUCCCUGGCCAUGCAGACACUCACGGUACAGAGGCUGCCACCUGCGCCAGGGCGCAGUGUCCUCACAUCUGAAGGUCGCUGAUGUUUUGUUUUUGUUUUUCCCGGGAGGACUGAGAAUCAAACUCAGAACCUUAGUGCUUGCCAGGCAGGCACUAUCCACUGAGCUGUGUUUUGUUUUGUUAUCUGUGUAAACCUCUCAAUGUGGACACAAAAUUAAAUGUUGCACUGAUACACGGGGUGGGCUCACUGGUGCAGGGGUUGAUGAUGCUGGCAGGGGAUCAAAGAACCAAUGGAAGGAAGGAGACACAGACAUAGGGAGCCAGGCUUCCAUAAUAAAAAUGUAUUCUUACACAAA